AUGUCCAACACCACAGACGCUGCCAAGGGCCUCGUUGGCAACCCCUUGACCCCCAACUUCACUCCCAAAGACUAUGGCAUCUUCUUCACCGCUGGAGCCCUCUGCUGCACAUUAUCGCACGGUGGAAUGACUCCUAUUGAUGUGGUCAAGACUCGUAUCCAAAUUGACCCGGCCCUCAAGGGCUUCUCAUUAAUGAAGGGAGGAAGGCAGAUCGUAGCCGCAGAAGGUGCCAAGGGUCUAUUGACCGGAUUCUCUGCUACUGCCGUCGGCUAUCUGUUCCAGGGUGGAGCCAAGUUCGCAGGCUACGAAGCAGCCAAAAAGUACCUGGUCGAGCUUUCGGGAAGUCAGGAGGCAGCCGUCAAGAACCGGACCGCCAUCUAUUUGGGGGGUGCGGCAAUUGCAGAAUUCUUUGCUGACAUUCUCUUGACACCCUUGGAGGCUACACGUAUCCGUCUCGUCUCCGACCCCAAGUAUGCAUCGGGUCUUGUGAGCGGUCUCACAAAGAUUGCCUCUACCGAAGGAUUUGCCAGUCUCUACGCUGGAUUCAUCCCCAUCUUGGCCAAGCAGGUCCCCUACGCCAUUGGGCAAUUUACUGUCAACGAACGCUGUACGGAAUUCAUCUACAACCGCAUGUCUCCUGAAGACAAGGAGAAGUUAUCUGCCACCUCCAAAUUCGGCAUCACCCUCGGGUCUGGUAUCGUCGCUGGUUUCGCUGCUGCCAUUCUUUCUCACCCCGCCGAUACUCUUCUGUCCCAGAUCAACAAGGGUCAUGGCCCCAAGGGAUCCAUGAUCUAUCGCCUCGGCGCCCUCGGUAAACAGGCUGGAUUCAGUGGCUUGUUUGCUGGUCUCGGGCCCAGAAUGAUCAUGACUGCGGGUCUCGUUUCCUCCCAAUUCAUCAUGUAUGGUUGGAUCAAGACUGCCCUUGGCGCCAGGCCUGGCAUCGAGAUCCACAAGGAGGAAUCUGCCAAGUAA